GUUCAUUCAUAAUCCUAUCCAAUGUGUUCCAUUUCAUAUUCUAUACAGUGUACACUUCCUUUCCUCAAUCUUUUCACAUCAUUUUCACAUCAACAAAGAGAAUAGUUAUGAACUGCUUUAAGUCCAAGAGAUCAAAAAGCUCCUCUCCCAACAAAUCUGCAUCAUUUGAUGCUCAAUAUCAUGAGCAACAAAUACACUCAGAAAUGCAAGAGAACAGAAAUGUGAGACAUGAAGUUCUGUUGAGCAUUCAAGGAUGCAGAGCCCAUCUGAUGGAUGCCGGAGAAGCCGUCGAAUUGGCUGCCGGAGUUUUCGAAAUCGUCCGAAUAUCCGACGAAAAUGUAGCCGUGGCCACCAUCGUUAAAGUUGGUGAUGAACUUCAGUGGCCUUUAACCAAAGAUGAACCCGUGGUGAAGCUGGAUGCAUUUCACUACUUGUUUUCUUUGCCAAUGAAUGAUGGGGAUCCUUUGAGCUAUGGAAUAACAUUUUCAGGACAAAACAUUGGAAAUUUGGGAUUUCUGGAUUCGUUUCUCUGUGAGCAUGCGGUGUUGACGGCAUCACCGACAUCGUCCGCGACGAAUAAGAACAUAGAUUGGAAAGAAUUCGCGCCGCGGGUUGAUGAUUAUAACAAUUUUCUGGCUAAGGCAAUUGCUGGUGGAACAGGGCACAUUGUCAAGGGCAUUUUCAAAUGUAGCAAUUCUUACACCAAUCAGGUACAUAAAGGAGGGGAAACAAUAUUGGUGAAUGGUGUUCCAGAAAGUGGAAUGAAAAGGAACCACAGGAAUGAACCCGACAGGAAGAAUGCAGUCAAUAAAAGCCUGAAAAGGGUGAGAAAGUUGUCGAAGAUGACGGAAAAGAUGAGCAAAGCAAUGCUGGAUGGAGUUGGGAUUGCCACAGGAUCAGUGAUGAAGCCUGUAGUUAAAUCACAAGCUGGAAAGGCAUUCUUCUCCAUGCUUCCUGGGGAGGUCCUUUUGGCUUCCAUUGAUGCCGUUAAUAAGAUCAUAGAUGCAGCUGAAGCAGCUGAGAAACAAGCUAUGGCUGCAACAUCUGGUGCAGUGACAAGGAUGGUUACCAAAAGGUUUGGAGAAAAUGCAGGGGAGGCAACAGAGGACGUGCUGGCAACGGCAGGGCAUUGUGCUGGGUUUGCAUGGAACGUAUUCAAGAUCCGAAAGGCCAUCAAUCCCGCUUCCUCCGUCUCUUCUGGAGUUCUCAAGAAUGCUGCCAAAGCAACCGAAUAAUCAAUGUUUUGUAUUAGGAUUGAAGUGUGUUCCCAUAUUACCUUUAAUCUUUUUAGUACAUUUGAAUUGAAUGGAACGUGUGUGUGUGUGUGUGUGUGUGUGAUUUUUCCCUCUAUUUUACUAUUUGAACACACUAGUUAUUCGAAGACACCACCUAAACUCAACUAUAUGUAUCAACAAAAUACCAAAAAAAAACAAGGAAUAUUCUCUCUCUAUAUGUAUCAACAAAAUACAUUGUCAGAUAUUUCCUUAGUUUAGGAUUAGUGGUUAAGACUAAAUCACCAAUUUCAGAUGUUGCUAGAGUUCAAUCGGAUUUUUUUUUUCAAAGAAAAUGACAGUGAAAAAUUAUUAAAGUGAGAUGUUUUUGAAUAACGAUAUAUUUACUGAAAGAAAACAUAAUUACCGAUACAGUUUUUAUGGAUCGAAGCACAAAAAAUCAUUAUUCUAGCAUUUUAUUUUGAAAAAUCAGUAAAUUAAUCAAACUCAAAGUGAUUUCACUGCAUGAUCAUCAUUUUCCUUUUGCUUCCUUUAAAAAGGGAUUAGGAACUAGAAAGGUUAGGGUUUUU